AGAUUUGGGUUUUCUUCCAAAACCAAAUCUUGGAAAUGGGUUCGAUUCAUAUCCGGAUUUCUGUCUGAGAUUUUUUGGUGAACAGAGAGUGUCAAAAGACUCUGCCAAUGGAGCGCUUGCCGGUUUCCUCCACCGCCUCUCCCCCCUUCUCCUUCUUCUUCUUCUUAUUCUUUCUGGGUUGUACUAGCUGCGUGUCGGGUCUGACUCCGAAUGGACUCGGACCCCACAGAGACCUUCUCAAGUUUAGUCUAGUGGAUGAAAAUCUGGGGUCGUGGAAAAAUGGGAUCUCGGAGACUGCUCAAUCUCCAGGGCCUUCAAGCGAUGCACCGCAAGGUACGCUUGUUUUGGCGGCGAAAAGGACCAACAGGCCGGAUAUUCUCAGAAGGUUUAAGCAUUAUCGGGGAGGUUGGGACAUUGUGGAUCGGCAUUACUGGGCUUCUGUUGGAUUUACGGGUGCUGUUGGUUUCAUUAUUGCCGUCCUGUGGUUUGUUGCUUUUGGCAUGAUACUGGUGGUUCAUCAUUGCUGUGGCUGGAAGAUAAACAUUAAAGCUGAAGGAUCACACCGCUUGCAGAGGAUAUGCUUGAUUAUGCUACUGAUCUUCACAUGUGCUUCAGCGACUGGAUGUAUUCUUCUUUCUGUUGGGCAAGAUGAAUUUCAUGACGAAGUGAUGCAUACUCUAAAUUAUGUUGUUAACCAGUCAGACUACACUGUGCAGACCCUGAGAAAUGUCACAGGGUAUCUGACCCUUGCGAAGGCUAUUAACGUGGCCCAGGUUUUCUUACCUUCUGAUGUCAUGGAUGAUAUUGACAAGCUGAAUGUGGAUCUGAACACUGCAGCGGACACACUAACGGAGAAGACAAGUGAAAAUUCUGUUAAAGUAAAAAGAGUCUUCAAUAUUGUUCGUUCAUCUUUAAUCACCGUAGCAGCAGUGAUGCUUCUCUUAGCUGUGAUUGGUCUUUUUCUGUCCCUCCUUAGGCACCAACAUGCGAUCCACAUAUUUAUUGUUAGUGGAUGGCUACUUGUGGCAAUUACAUUCAUUCUUUCCGGAGUUUUUGUGAUCCUCAACAAUGCUGUUUCCGACACCUGUGUAGCCAUGGAAGAAUGGGUAGAACAUCCUCACACCGAAACAGCACUUAGCAACAUCCUUCCAUGUGUUGACCAGAGAACCACGAACAAGACCCUUAGUCAGAGUAAGCAGACUAUCAUUGACAUUGUAAAUGUUGUCAACCAGUUCAUCUAUACCUAUGCCAAUACGUAUCCUUCCCCUGCGAGUCCAUACCCGUACUAUUACAAUCAGUCGGGGCCUCUGAUGCCACCUCUCUGUUACCCGUACGACUCUCAGCUGAGAGACCGACGGUGUGGGGAUCAAGAGGUGUCUAUUUCAAAUGCUUCUUUGGUUUGGCAGAAGUAUAUAUGUGAAGUCUCAACAUCCGGUAUGUGCACAACUGUGGGAAGGGUGAACCCGGACAUCUACAAUCAGCUUGUUGCAGCUGUUAACGAGUGCUAUGCGCUUCAGCACUACACCCCACCAUUACUGAACCUCCAGGAUUGUAAUUUUGUUCGAGACACAUUUCGAACAAUCACAUCAAGUUACUGUCCUCCACUGGACCAUUACCUGAAAAUUGUGAAUGCAGGAUUGGCCCUGAUUUCAGUUGGAGUCUUGCUGUGCCUUGUUCUCUGGAUACUUUAUGCGAACCGCCCCAGAACGGAGGAAGAGUUUGUGAAACUAUCCUUACCAAUAAAAGGCAGGAGCCAAAGGAGCAGUUCCAGCAAUAAUACCAAUAAUAGCAGCAGCAACGUAUUGUCAUCAGACACAUCAAAUGAAGUCUAGCAGCAAUAAUAGCAGCAGCAAUGUAUUGUCUCAAAGAGUAGAAAUCGGUUGUAGAAUUAGGGUUUGUUAUCGUCAUUAUUUUUCCGAGUGAAAUAUCAAAAAGAAAAACCGAGUGGAGCGAAGUUCCACUGCGAGUUGUGGGGGGCCCGGGAGCUCAUAGCAAUUCUAGUCCUGUAUCUGGUUUCUUGUGUAUGGUAAAAGCAAUUUAGAUAUUGUUGAUCA